GAAAACCUGCCAAACACCCCAUUAUUCUCUCUCUCCCCCAGUUGGAGCGCAUCGACACUACCCAAUCCCACUCCCCCAGAGGUGGACGGACCUUAACCCUAACCCUAGAAGAAAAGAAGAAAUUUUGAGGAAGAAGACACAGAGAGCCAUGUCCGACUUCUUUCCUGAAGACGUCGUGGUGGACGUACUCUCCAGACUCCCAACCAAAUCCCUGAUCCGAUUCAGGUCUGUUUCCAAACUCUGGAACUCUCUAAUUACCAGCCCUAACCUGAUCAAUUCCCAACUCAAUCAGUCACUGACAAACCCUAAAAACAGCUACGAUAAUCUCCCACUCGUCAUAGUCAGGCAAUGCGAUUUCAGUUAUCCUACCAGAUUAGAGCACUACAAAUUAUUUAUUGAUACCGGUGACGAUGAUAAAACAUUUGAUGAAUAUUUAGAAAUCCCAUUCCCACUCAAGAGUCGUUGUCUUAACUAUUACUUUUUAAUGGGUUAUGUGAAAGGUUUGUUCUGUUUCUUCGAGCUAGAUAAGUAUUUCCUUUGGAAUCCGUCCAUUAGAAGGUCCAUAUGCCUUCCCAAGCCUGGCAUUACGAAAAAGACGCAUGGCCACCUUUUGGGUUACCUUGGGUUUGGAUUUGAUUCGCGGAGUAAUGAUUAUAAGGUGGUUAGAGUAGUAAUUCUUUGUGGAGGUACCCGGUCCGAAGAGGUGCCCCUCGUUGAGGUUUACUCCCUUAAUUUGGGCUCAUGGAAAGUAAGUAGUGGAGCGGGUGACUCUUUUCCUCCUGGAUGUGGACUUGAGUACCCGGGACACCCUUCCGCUUUCUUAGAAGGGGCUCUUCAUUUUGUAGCACAUCAUAGAAGGAAUUGGGGCGCUAGAUUAAUUUGUUCCUUUGAUUUGGGCCGCGAGGUGUUUAAAACGAUGUCAUUGCCAAAUGGUCUUGCGACAACCGAAAUGAGAACAAUAGUAUUCAUGGGAUCACUCUCCCUUUUAUGCCACGAUGGAUAUGAUCGUGCAAAUAAGUUUUGUUCUAUUUGGAUAAUGAAAGAGUAUGGUGUAGUUGAUUCUUGGUAUAAGUAUGCCAACAUUGAUCUAACAGGAGGAAUUAUAAGGGUAGUAGGUAUCCGGAAAAAUGGUCAUAUACUAUUGGAGGGGAAAACACCACGACAUUGGAAGCAUUGGGAGCUUUCUUCAUAUGACCCGUUGAAUAAAGAAAUCAAGAUGUUGGGAAUUCUUGGUGUUGGUAUCCAUUUUCAUGUUGAUACUUACGAGGAGAAUCUUAUCUUACUCAAUAAAAUAAAUGAUCCGGUGUCCAGAAUGGGAUGGAGCAGGAAGAGGAAGGACAGAUGUCUUUAGCUAUUUGCAUUUGGUUAGAUGUUCGAUGUGGGGUUUUAGUACUGCAGCAGAACGUGCUAUCCCACCCUUCAAAAUAUUAUUCUCUCUCUUCAAAUUUGAGGUAUGACUAGCAUAAUUCAAACACCAAAAUACUAUCGGAAUCCCUCAAAGAAAGGAUAGGAAAGCUGGGGUACAAGGCUUCUUUUUAUGAAGAAGUGAAAGACUUUGGAUCCCAGCUGAGCUCACAACAGAAGAAUCGACAAAUCAUCAGCGCUUACCUCCCUGGUAUUAUGGCCCCUGAGUUGCAGUCAGCCUUCACUCUCUCAAUUGCCCGAUGAUAGGAAGUUGGUCUAAUCAAGUCUUCUCCCAAGGCAUGCAAGCAAGGGAAAGUAACUGAAGAGGAAGCUUCCAGACAGGUAUCUUUUGCUUGACUGGUUGGCUCCUCUGCUUUCUAGUUCCAGACAAGAUGUAAAAAGGAUCUCCCUAGUGGGGUAUUUACUGUUGAAAACUUUUAUUAUUAGGUUUUAAUUUUUUCUACAGUACUUUUACAUAGUUUUGGUCAUCAACUUGUGUUUUCAAUACUUACAGAAGCAAAUGAACACAGAGUUCACAAACCAAAAGAUUUGAUAAUUCAGGAGGAAGUUAAUCAAACCUUGAGAAAUUUACCGAAAUCGGUAAAUGGACUAUAAUGAAUAGUAUUAUGUCUGCUAAUAUGAUUGAGGCUAUGAAUUAGUUAAGCGUAUGGUUAAUAUGGUAUUGGUGUGCAUAACAGAAAAAUUCCAGUUUAUGUUCAAAAUUAGUUCUAGUACGAAAAGAUAAUAUACCUAUAUAAUAAAAUCCAUAUUCUGCUGGAGUGCAUGACACAACUCACCCUUAUGAAGUGAGAUAACAAAGGGUGGUUUUGGUGCUUACUUUCAAGUACUUGUUGGAGAUGAUCUAAGUUUUUCGGACAUGAUAUGGUUACCUUAUGAUACAACAUAUGUCAGAUAGGCCAUAGUAUUUGAAUUAUGGUCAUUUGACUAUGUGGUUCAGGCCAAACAUUUACAUGUGGUCUCCUACUCCUGGCUACAUAAUUAUGGUGGCUGCAUUAGGAUGAUACCUGUGAUAAUUAUAGGACUCGUUUUAAGAAAUUAAAAGGUUUGUUUUUGUUUUGUUAGCUUACUUUAGUACUUCCCAUACAAACUGCUUUGCCAAAAACUCCACUCUCUAUUAGAAGCAUCUUUUUGCACUCCACUAUUGUUUGAGACCUCUUUAGUUCGCUGUUUGGUCUUAAUUGUGCUCUACAUGAGUUGCUUCCAAGAAUUUUUACUAAGGUGGCCUUUUGCUUCUAGUUUGGUUUUUGUGUCCUGUUUUCUUGAAGUGGUUGAAGGAAGCCCUGAACCAAUCACGCGAGCGCGUGUGUGUGAGAGAGAGAGAGAAAGAAAGAGUUCUUUCUCUAUUAACGAAUCCUAAAAUCAGCCCUCCGUAGAAAUCUGCCCUUUUUUAACAUUUGGGAGUGAUUUUCACUCCAUUUUUAACAUUCACUCCCUCCUUUAUUUUUCAGCAUUAAAGUGAAUGUAUUUUUUUUGCUAAAAUACUAAAAAGGAGUGUUGAUGUAAAAAAAAGAGUGUGAAAAUCAAUUCCCAUAAAAUUUCAAUUCUUUUACUUCUACAAACACACUCAUAUUUACAUUGAGACCCAUACACACUACACCCUUCAGUGUGUGCGGAAUCCACAAAUAAAUGAGAGUGUGUAAAGUGGUUGUGAUUACAGACUUUUCCAUAAAAUUUUAGUCUAUAUUUCUUCUCGUGCACAACAGGCGUCCUCCCAUUCUCUCUAAGCCGUCAGAUGCUAUGGAUUUAAUCUCAGCCAUUGAUUUAAAACUCCCCCCCUCUCUCAUUCACCUCUUACUCCCAGUUACCUCUGGCACGUGAAAAAAGGCCAAGCCCUAAUCCUUUGCCCCUCCUCCCUUCCGCCGCUCUGUCCUCACGCCUCCAUAGUAAAAAACUCCAUAGCUCCCCAAACGCAGCUCUACUGCUCCUCUUCCCAAACGUAGCUCUACGGCUCUUUCUCUCCAUAGACACCCAGAGCCUCAGAUGCCUUUCAUCUCUUUCUCCUCUGCUCCUUUGAACAAUGGUGGAAACCUCCUACACCUAUUAACAUCCACAGCCCUAAGCCAACGACGAGGUAACUCUCUAACUCUCUCUC